AUGGCUACCCCUAGUGUCCUCGCGUUUGACGCUGAGGGUCGAGCCAUUGACUUUGAGGUCUGGGUCGACGACCUGCAGCUGUUUUUACAGUGCGAUAGGGCGGACGGUCUUUCUCUCUUUGACCUCACCUCUGGCGCCUCCCCUGCUCCUGCUGCUGAUGCUAACCCCACUGUUCGCUCUCAGUGGGCCACGCGCGAUGCUGCUGCACGUCUUGCUGUGCGUCGCCACCUUCCUACCACUGAGCGCUCGCACUUUAGUCAAUACAAGAGUGCUCAGACCUUGUACGACGCCGUAGUUGCGCGCUACUCUUCCCCUGCCACUGCUGCACUGAGCCGCCUCAUGCUACCGUACCUCUUUCCUGACCUUGCUGCCUUUCCUACAGUCGCUGACCUCAUCACGCACCUCCGCACUUCUGACACUCGCUACCGCGCUGCACUUCCUGCUGAGGACCACUUCCUCUCAGUCUGUCCCACCACCCUCACUGUCGACCUCCUCGAGAAGGCCCUCCUAGCGGCGGAGAAGAGCAUAGUCGCUGUAGGAGCCUCUCGUGGUGACCCGCGCACCCCCAUCUUUGAGGGGUGUUCUCCUUCCCCCCUGCUGCCCUCUGUUGCCUCUGCUGCUGCUGCCGACUUGCUUGGUCUUGAGUUGGUCGGCGCGACGUCUGCCCCUAGCGGAAGACGCCGCCCUGGCAAGGGCAAGGGGGGCAAGGGCACGGGUAGAGCUGGCGGGGGCGGUGGAGGUGGCAGUGGCGGUGGCAGAGGGAGUGGGGGUGGCGGUGGGAGUGGUGGUGGGGGUGGUGGUGGUGGUGGCGGCAGCGGAGGCGGCGGCGGUGGCGGCGGCGGCGGUGGGAGCGGAGGCGGCGGUGGUGGCGGAGGUGGAGGCGGCGGUGGCGGAGGAGGUGGAGCCGGUCGGGGUAGUGCCCCGCAGCGGAGCGGCUCAGGUGGUGGUCAGCGCCAGCAGCAGCAGCAGCAGCAGCAGCGUUCUCGGGACAUCCCCCCGCCUCAGCAGCUCCGUGAGUGGUACACGCAGCGUCAGCGUGGUGGAGGUCUUGGCCCGUGCACCUACGUUCUUCGUUCCGGCGACCGCGCAGGUGAGCAGUGUGGGGGUGCCCACUCCACCCAGCGCUGCUUUGGCCGCCUGACGGACGCUUGGCGUCAGCAGUUCCCCGAGGCUAGUGAGAUUCCCCGCUGGGGAGAGCUGUCUAGGGCUGGCGUAGCGAUCUUUGAUCUUGACUUUGAUGCUAUCCUUGCUGCCAUGUAUGCUGUGAUUAUUAGUGAUGAGGGUGACUGUUACCGGUGUUUCCCGCCCGACCCGGGCAUUGGUACUGCUGCGCUAGGUGCUUGUGAGGCUACUGCUCUAGGUGCCAGUGCGUCUGCACUCUCAGGUACUGGUGAGGCUGCGCUCUCAGGUACUGCGCCGGCUUCGGCCUCCCUCACCUUCACACUUGACUCAGGGGCUUCUCGCUCCUUCUUUCGAGACCACACCACACUCACGCCGCUUGGUCGGCCGGUUGCAGUCUCCCUGGCUGACCCCUCUGGGGGUCCUGUCCUCGCUCACUUCUCCACUGUCCUCUCGUGUCCGGCUGCCCCCUCGGGCACCCUGUCGGGUCUGUACCUCCCCUCGUUCUCGACGAACUUGGUAGCUGCGUCGGGUCAGGUGUUUGCUGCUGCGUCCAGGUCUGGUCCUGAGUCUGCCCCCUGCUCGUGUCGCCUCCUGUCUCACGAGACUCUCUUGUGGCACCACCGUCUUGGCCACCCCUCCUUGCCUCGUCUUCGGGGCAUGGCUUCCCGUGUCCUUGUCUCUGGUCUCCCCCGGUCUCUCCCUCCCCUUCCUUCGGGGCCAGGACCUUCCUGUGUCCCCUGUGUCGAGGGGCGGCUCCGGGCUGCCCCUCACUCCUCCCAGUUUCCCCCGACAGAGGCUCCUCUGCAGACGCUUCACAUGGACGUGUGGGGCCCAGCCCGCGUCCGUGGACAGGGUCACGAGCGCUACUUCCUGCUGGUGGUUGACGACUACUCGCGUUACACCACAGUCUUCCCCUUGCGCAGCAAGGGUGAUGUCGCUGAGGUGCUGAUCGACUGGAUCCGCGCAGCUCAUCUCCAGCUCAGGCAGAGCUUUGGCUCGGACUUUCCUGUGUUGCGUCUGCACUCGGACAGGGGCGAAGAGUUCUCCUCUGGCCUUCUGCGUGCCUACUGUCGUGCGCAAGGCAUACAUAAGACCUUCACGCUUCCGGACUCACCGCAACAAAAUGGGAUUGCAGAGCGCCGCAUUGGCAUGGUCAUGGACGUCGCUCGUACGUCCAUGAUGCAUGCGGGUGCCCCCCAUUUUCUGUGGCCGUUUGCGGUUCGGUACGCGGCGCAUCAGCUCAACCUUCAUCCCAGAGUCUCCCGGCCGGAGACCUCCCCAGCUCUGGUGUGGACGGGGAAGGUCGGCGAUGCGUCUGCGUUCCGUGUCUGGGGAUCUCGGGCGUUUGUCCGCGACCUGUCUGCGGACAAGCUGUCCCCUCGUGCUGCUCCCUGUGUCUUCCUAGGCUUCCCCCCUGACGCCCCAGGGUGGCAGUUCUACCACCCCUCCUCUCGUCGUGUUUUGUCCUCCCACGACGUCACGUUCGACGAGUCCGUCCCCUUCUACCGCCUCUUCCCCUACCGCACUCCUUCCCUCUCGCCGCCACCGCACUUCCUUGUGCCAGGUCCCCCCCCGGUAGACCCCCUUCCCCCUCAGGGUCCUGCCCCUUCAGGUGUGUCCCAGGUAGAUGCAGUCGAGCCGGUCGAGGUUGCUGGUGACUCAGGUACUGCUGGGGGUGCUGAGCCUUGGGGUGCUGAGCCUGGGGGUGCUGACUCUGGGAGUGCUGAGUCUGGGGGUACUGAGCCUGGGGGUGUUGAGCCUGGGGGUGCUGCCUCUGGGGGUGCUGAGCCAGGGGGUGCUGACUCUGAGGGUGCUGCGCGCGUGGGUGUUGAGCCUGGGGGUGCUGAGCCUGGGGGUGCUGCGUCUGGAGCUGCUGAGCCUGGAGGUGUGGAGCCUGCGGCCACUGGACCUCCCCUUGUGGCGUCUGGCGGUACUGGGCCUGGAGGUUCUCCGGCUGGGGCUUCUUCGGCCGCUGAGGGUGCUGGUGCCGCCGGUCCCGGAGCUGCUGGGCCUGCGGGUCCGCCUGGAGCUGGAGCUGCUGAGGGUGUUGGUUCUGAGACUACUACUGUCCGUCCUGGAGGUGGUCGUGCUGCGGGUGCUGCUGGUGCUGCUGGAGGUCCUGUCGCUGGAGGUGCUGUUGGCGCUGGUGCUGCCGGAGGUGCUGAGGGUGCUGGUGCUGUCCCUGCUGUGUCUGGUGCCACUGCGCGGCCUCGGCUGUACUUCGUUCCGCUCCUUCAGCAGGUUCUUGGUCUUCCUCCUCUCUUAGAGGGUCCACCGCCUGUCCAGUCGCAGUCACAGUUACCGCCGGCCUCCCCACUGCCUUCUCCCUCUCCCUACACUGGUCCUACUGGGGGUCUUGCUGAGCGUCGUGAGCCUGCGUCUUGUCCUGCGUCGCCUGUUCGUGCUGCUCGCACUAGUGGUCGUAGUUCGCGUCAGUGUCCUCCUCCUGUCCCUGGCACGCACCGGAUGUCUGUGCGUCCGUCCACUGCUCCUCUGCGUGCCCCUUUGCCCUCUCCUCCUGAGUCCUCUCUUCCUGCGCUUGCCGACCCUGAGUCGGACUCUCUUCGUGCUGCCAGUCCUACUGUCACGCGUCUCCUUGCUACUGUCGUCACUGACCCCUCCUUUGAGUCCACUGCUGCGUCUGCUCUUGUUGCUGAGCUCGUCGACUUUGCUGCUCGCUGUCGUCUAGACUACGCUGCUAGUCUUGUUGCUGAGUCUGCGUCUGUCUGUCCUCCGUCCGUCGGGGGUGAGUGUGCUCUUGGCACGGACGUCCUUGAGGACAGGCAGGAGGAGUUUCAGUGUCUGGCUGCUGCUUCACCUCAUCUCGCGUCUGGUCCCUACUCCUCUCAGUGGCAGGCAGCUAUGGAUGCAGAGAUGGUUUCCUGGAAGUCCACAGGCACCUACGUUGACGAGGUUCCCCCUCCUGGGGCGAACAUCGUCAGUGGGAUGUGGAUCUUCAGGGUGAAGCGGCCGCCGGGCUCUCCACCUGUCUUCAAGGCGCGGUACGUGGCUCGUGGCUUCAGUCAGCGGCAGGGAGUUGACUACUUUCAGACCUUCUCUCCCACCCCGAAGAUGACCACUCUUCGGGUGCUGCUGCACAUAGCCGCUCAGCGCGACUACGAGCUCCACUCUCUUGACUUCAGCACUGCUUUCUUGCAGGGUAGCCUGCACGAGGAGAUCUGGCUGCGCCGUCCACCUGGCUUCACUGGGACUUUCCCUCCUGGCACCCAGUGGAGCCUCCGACGGCCAGUCUACGGUCUCCGCCAGGCACCGCAUGAGUGGCACGACACACUGAGGACUACGCUUGCGGCUCUUGGGUUUGCUCCCUCUACUGCUGACCCGUCGUUGUUUUUGCGCACCGACACUUCUCUGCCGCCGUUCUACAUCCUCGUGUACGUCGACGACUUGGUCUUUGCCACAGCGGACACUGCUGGACUCGCCUACGUGAAGUCCGAGCUGCAGAAGAGACACACGUGCACAGACCUGGGUGAACUGCGCAGCUACCUUGGCUUGCAGAUCACUCGGGACAGAGCACGCCGCACCAUUACCUUGACUCAGUCACACAUGGUGCAGCAGGUCCUUCAGCGCUUCGGCUUCACGUACUCCUCGCCUCAGGCCACUCCUCUGUCUACUCGCCACUCGCUCUCAACUCUGCCUUCGGAUGAGUCCGUAGAGUCGAGUGGCCCGUACCCAGAGCUUGUUGGCUACCUCAUGUACCUGAUGACCUGCACUCGACCUGACCUUGCAUACCCUCUUAGCAUCUUGGUACGCUAUGUUGCUCCUGGGAGACACCGACCAGAGCACAUGGCUGCAGCGAAGAGGGUGUUACGCUACUUGUGCAGUACGUCGGGCAUGUGGCUAGUGCUUGGAGGGCGGAGUCCAGUGGUCCUCACUGGGCACGCGGACGCUUCUUGGGCUGACGACCAGGCUACGCAGCGGUCGUCGCAGGGUUACACCUUCAGUCUUGGUUCCGGCUCUGUUUCGUGGCGGGCUACUCGCUCGUCUUCUGUUCUCGGCUCCAGUUGUGAGGCUGAGAUCUACGCCGGGGCCAUGGCUGCUCAGGAGCUUCGCUGGCUCACCUACCUGCUGACUGACCUUGGAGAGCCGCCUCGUUCUCUUCCAGUGCUGUACGUAGACAACAAGGCCAUGCUGGCCUUGUGUCGAGAGCAGCGCCUGGAGCACAGAACGAAGCACAUUGCUCUCCGCUACUUUCUUGCUCGUGAGCUGCAGCAGCGUGGUCAGUUGCGACUUGCGUACGUGGUCUCUGAGGCCAACACUGCUGAUGUUUUCACCAAGGCACUUCCGCCUUGUGAUCAUCAGCGUUUCUGCACUCAGCUGGGACUUGUCCCAGUCUUGCCUCACUUGCUCACCUCCUGA